AAUUUGAGUGAUUUUUGAUUUUGUUCAUAGAUCGAACGACACCUGUGACUGCUCUUUGAUAUCUACCGGUACAGCAUGAUAGGACAAACCAAUAUUCUAUUAUCACCAUACUUCAGUUGAACUAAAAGGCGUAACAAACUUCACCAUGAGUAUCGAAGACGAAAUCAGCGACUACGUCCAGCAACAAUUUGAGGCUUUUCAACUUGAGGAGGAGGACCUAGGGUCCGAAAUUGAAUCAUCUAGUCGUGCAGCAUCAACCAUCGAAAAACAUGUCUGUGUCCUCAUCCUUAACAACGGGAUUGAAAAGCUUGAACUCAAUGAAGAACAAAAUAGCGCUGCGCCCCCCUCUUUCAUUGCCUCUACAUUCCUAAUUCCCUUGCUUGUCAAAUACACCGACGCAGCCUUGGCUAUGGAAACCAAUUCAUCCAACAAAGAUGCUGUGGAGAGAGUGUUCUAUCUAGUUUCAGCUCUGGCGUGCCGUAUAUCAUCAAGAAACGACGAGGCCGUUCGUUUUAUUUUAGAACGAGCAGAAACAUUCUCUACUGUUCUCUUGGAGCGACUUCGAGCCCAAGCUUGCAGUAUGUUGGGAUGUUUUGCAUCUCAUAUCGGUACAACAAUUAGUCGCUAUCAAAAGAAAAACAAAUCGAAUCAGGAGGUGAACUUUUUAAGAGAAGAUUUGGAAUCAAUUGGAAACUUAUUGCUGCCCCGAUUAAUCGAUAAGAGUCAAGCUGUUCGUCAAAGUGCUAUUCAUGCAGCUGGGAUGUGGUUUGGCUCACUGAAUGGUAAAGAAUUUGAAGGAAUCUCUACUACAUCGGUUCUAGAAGGACUUCUAUGGUCGAUGUGGCACGAUUCAUCAGUUACGAAUCGUGUCGAGGCUGUAAAAGCUGUACCAAUAGAUUCAGCUGAAACUCUUGAUCAUAUCAUCGCUCGAAUCCAUGAUGUGAAAGAGAAAGUUAGGGUUGCAGCGAUUGAAACUUUACAUCUCAAGGUAGAUCCACGGCGAAGAGAAAUUAUGACAGAAGAACAUUUUCGUGAUAUCAUUCGACACGGUUUGACAGAACGAUGUGGCAGCACUAAUCUUGCUACUACGAAGCUUAUUUGUACUAAAUGGACGAAAGCUGCACAUUUUUGUCCAGUUGAAUUAAUGCGCUUCAUGGGUGCAACAACAUACGAAGAGGAAUGCGAGAAGGCGCUCCAGGUUGUGCUGAACAUGGCACGCAGUCGUGGUACUACGAAAAGUGACACCAUUCUCCAAGAACUCAGCGAUCCAGAAAUUCGAUCUCUCUGUUCUAACUUAGAGAAGUCCAUGGUUAAGCUCAAUGAUUCAAGUGUGAUUUUCGAUGAGUAUCAGCUCUUCUAUACGCGAGUUGCUUGUUCGACUGCCCAAGAAUCGUCUGACUUGACAUUUGCGCAAAAGGAAGAUUUAAUGAGUAAAACAACUCCCGACAUUCCCACAUUGUGUGACUUGUUUCAGAAGCACUUGCACCGCUUCGUAGAAUCCGUUCAAGAAGACGAUGAAGAAUGUAUGGAUCAGGAGUGUUUCGUCUGUCUUCAACUUCUUCAACUGACGAAGGUAACGGGCCUUCAAGAAGAGGGAAGCCGCCGUCAUUUCGCAAAUAUUAUGAUCGAGGUAUUGGCCAACUCUGAAACUCCAGAUGAUCUUAUCGAAGACUGCGUCGAGGCUUUGCGUGCAGCUAACGAGAACGAAUUCGAUUUCUACAACGCCGUGUCUUUGAUACUUGCAAAUUUGACAUCGACCACCAGUUCUGUUGAUGCCGAGGCCACAGAUCAUACACGAGUUUUAUUCAUCUUCUCUAUCGUUUUAGAAAACGCUCCAUCCAAUCUCUCAACUCAUGAAGUGUUCGAUGUUAUGACGAAAAUUAUUCUCUCAGCAGUGACUAACUCGAAUAGAACGGUCCGUGAAAUCGGAAUAUGUUGUUUCGGAAAACUGGGACUAUAUUCUGAUACAGCUACUAUCGCCUCUGACUUCAAGCCCAUCCUAUUAAAUAUCGCAGCAAACGAAAAUGAAUCAAUCCAGUGUCGAGCCCAAGCCCUUUUGGGUCUUUCGGAUUGGGCUAUUUUGUUUUCGGAUGUUCUUCAGCCACUCACUGACUCGAGUUCUGGAAAUAGCUUAAGCCUCCUAGUCAUUGUACAAGAAAUGAUCCAGCAUAAGAACUCAACACUAUCUGCAAUUGCUUCUGAAGUAGCCACGAAGUUGCUUUUCUCUGCUCAAACUUUGGAUAAUCAUCUCCUUUCAUUGCUUUUGGUCUCAUAUUUGGAUCCUAGCAAGAUACAACAACUCGGCGAAGCUAACGACCACGAUGUUGAUGUCAAGGAUGUCGGUUCCCCUCUAAGAUUACAGCAGCUUCUGAGUUUAUUCUUCCCUGCUUUCUGCCUGAAGUCAGUUGAAUGCCGAUGUCAGCUUCUCGAAUGUAUUGAGAAUGCUCUUAAUGUGGCACUGAAUAACUCGUCAAAGAAGAGAACCAAAAAGCGUUCUGUUGCCUUUCCAUUAGUCAAGAUCGUGAACUAUGCAUUUUCGAUAGUCCUGGAUAGCGAUAAUGCGUCUACAACGCCUGUUUCAACCGAAAUUUCGAACGAAAUUAUUGAAGAGCCCAAAGCGAAUAAUUUUGAUCCAGCCUUGAUGGCAAGUCUUCAGGUCUCCAGCUUUCUCGUCAAAAAUGGGCAUGAACUAAAUCUGACACAACUCAGAUCGCUAUGUAAAUUUUUGGGAAAUCAAGACAUUAGAAUUGAGAACCACAACAAGGCAGAACUAGGAAAGCUGAAAGACCGCAUUGAAGAAUUAGCCUUUCUGGACGAUCCUUCUAGUUUGAAAGCGUUACUUCCUUUGACAGAUUUGCUCUCCGGUGUCGAAAGUUACGAAGACCAUGAUGACGAGGGAGAUGAAAUUGACUAUGAAACCGACCAACAGGAUUUUGUUGGUACAUGCGAUGAUGACGAGACCAUCAGCGAGUAUACAAGAGAUGUAGAACCUGUAGACGAGAAAAUGCAGGAUGAAAUCAUGAUGGACAGCAUCGCACGUCUAUCUUUAGAAAACAAAGAAAACCCUCCCUCUCAUGUGAAGGUAUCAAGGAAAAGUCGAAGUCGAAGAUCUAGUAUCCAGAGCAAUAUUUCUGUACUGGAAUCGGUAGGUAGUCCUAAUGUGUAAAUCAGAUCGACCGGAUAGGCGUUUCACAUAGUACAGUACCUUUUCAAAUGAGUUGUUAUGUUAGCAUGAUUUAUCAUUUCCUGGCUGGUACAAUCCUUUAAAAAUCCAUCCAGGUAAUAAUGCUGCAAUCUCUUGAUUCAAUCAAUAUCAGAGUCAUAU